GUCCUAUAUUUUCACCUUAAAAUUGUUUGAUCCACACCAGACAUAACGGCCUCCGUGCCUAGCAUGUGAACGUAAGAGACAGAUAUGGAGGGUAGAUACUUUAUGUACUUUGCUUAUGGAAGCAACCUUUUACGCCAAAGACUGACUUUGCAAAACCCUUCUGCUCAAUUCCAAGCCAUUGGAAAACUGCAGAACUACAGACUAAAUUUCAAAUCGCCGUCUGACCCCAGCAGAUCUCGCUGGAGGGGUGGCGCCGCUACCAUAGAACCCCACUCUGGAGGAGUGGUCUGGGGAGUAGUAUGGAAGCUGAAUGAGACAGAUAAAGAAAGCCUUGAUAGACAAGAAGGCGUUUAUGAUCCCAUUUUUGUGGAUGUCAUCACACCUGAUAACCAAAACCACAAUUGUCGCACUUACAUGAUGCAGGAGGCGCACAUCACGGACAGGUAUGACAACCGCCCCUCCCCCCACUACAAGGACGUGCUAGUGAAGGGUGCCCAACAGAACAGCGUACCCCCAACCUACAUAGAAUAUCUACAGAAUGUGGAAGACAACGGGUAUUCUGGGGAGAUCCCCGUGUAUAAUUCAGUCAUGGACACUCUCAACUCUGGUUCCUAAUACUACAUGCGAUGUAUUAUUUUAUAAUCAAAAGCAGAACA